ACAAGAUGGUCGACGUUGUGUUUAUGUUGCCGACAUGGCAAGCCUUUUUACUUUGCUUUUUCUUUGCAGUGCUUUACGUCGGUAGCUUAUAUAUCUGGGGUGGAUCAACGAAAGACAAAAACAGAGAUCAUCCUGAUGUUAUCAAAAGGAGGUUUAUAAGUGUCACUGGAGUGUGUCUAACUGUGCCCAUACUUCUUUGGACUGUGUCUAAAAAUAGUGAGAAAGCUGAGGCAAGCUGUUUAUUUACAUGGCUUGGUAUUCGCUUUUGGGGUGCUAUCCCUGCUUUAAUUAUUCCUCUGUUUUUAACAAUGGUUUUAUUUUUGGGACCAUUAUCACUUCAUUACCUUGAUGGUGUAUUUAGAUUAUACUUAGAGGCCAAGUACUGGACUAAUUCAGUGAAAAAUUAUGUGUGGAUUCGUAAUCACAUAGUGGCUCCCAUCUCUGAGGAAUUUAUUUUUAGAGCUUGUAUGUUACCAGUGCUAGUGCCUUGCCUUGGAACUGGAUGGGCAAUUUUCCUGUGUCCUUUGUUUUUUGGUGUAGCCCAUUUUCAUCACAUGAUUGAGAAAGUUGCUCAUGGCCAACAAGAAGUAGGUGAUGCAUUUAAAGAAUCAUUGUUCCAGUUGUCCUACACAACAGUCUUUGGUGCCUAUUCUGCUUUCCUGUUUUUAAGAACAGGUCAUCUUGCAGCCCCAGUGAUUGCCCAUGCUUUCUGUAACCACAUGGGGUUCCCCUCCUUUGGUGAGGUCAUGGGUUACCCCCAGUCCACAAGGUACAAGCUGAUGGCCCUGUUUGUUUUAGGCCUGAUCUCCUGGCUGGGCCUGCUCUACCCCCUCACAACACCUGCCCUGUAUUCCAAUGAUUUGUAUGUGGUAUGACCUGCCUAUCUUGUUGCUCGGUGCUGAAUUGAAAGUUGACAUUCAUCCAGUUGGUUUAGGUCACAGUCUGCUAUUUAUAACCCAAUGUUGACCAUGCUUUAGGUGCUGCAAAAGGUUGUAGCAUCCCACUCUGUUUUUAAGAUGACGAUUCCCAACAAAUUGCAAGGGUCCAAACAGUCCUGCCAAAUAGUUUUGUUAUUCUAUUAGCAUUUCUUUAUUGUAGAACUGAAUGGUUAACUACUUGAAAAAUUCACUUCUUAUUUGCAUUUUUUUCCCAUAUGCUGUUACUAGGUAUUUUCCUGAAUUAUGUUAAUUAGUUAUUGCUCCUUUUUUUUUAUUUGCAACAUACUGGUGAUCAAUUUAAUUGCUUAUUGUAACACAUUUUAAAACUUAUGAAAACCGAUCUAUAAUACGGGUAUCUAGUCUAAAACAAGUUACCGUCUAGUGGUUAUAAUAUCAUCAUAGGUAAAACAUUUUGGUUAAAAUAAAAUGUGUCCAAUCCUUAAGACUUUUAUUUAGGUAGUUAGGUUGGGUUUGUAUUAAAGUUAUUAAUUUAGAUUUAGUAGUUCUACAAGUCCCCUAAUUUUAGUCCAUGCCAGUUCCUAAAAAGGUGACAGCACAGCAGUGCAUUUAAUUUAGAUUUUAGAAGUUAAUUUUACUAGCAGUUUGGUUGUUGUGCAUUUAAUUGGAUAUUUCUGCUUGAUUUAUCAUGUUUUAGUGACACAUGUUAUUUGUUGUAUGCAGAGUUGUUCCAACAGCAUUUAUGUUAAGUCACCGCCAGCACAGGCCAGUUAGUGGCUGUAACCUGGGGUUCACUGACCUAUGCCUCAUCACUACUGGUCAUGGCUGUAGCCAUACCUUUUGUUAUGAAGCUAUUAAUAGACUAGGGCCAAGCUGUGUUGAGUGAUUACAUCCAUUGUGAUGAUUGUAGCUAUGUUAGGGGUAGGGCGCAGGUGCAGGGUUUUGAUUGCCCAGAUACCAUCUAUGCAGUUGUCUUAUACUUUAUAGCAUUAUAUCCAUGUUGUAAUCUCCUGUCCAUCUUUAGAUUCAAAAUUCCCACCAGUGUUGCAUAAUGACUUAGCUGAGUAUACACUAGAGCUGGCAUUGUUUCUAUGGCCAUGUAUUGGCUCUUUGCUUAUUUGUGAAAGUCAAGAUAUAGCAGACCUGAGAUGGUUUAAACUUUUGCUAGUCAUUGGCUUCUUAGCCUGCUUUUGUUAGGUUGUUUCAUUACAAAAUGUAAAUUUAUUGUAAUCUUAUUUCUAAUUUAUUAUAUUGUUGUUUUUUAAAUGACUUAUUCAAUUGUAAAACAACAAAUGAAUGUGUGGUUUUGUAUUGCUCUAGCUCACUUUGAGUGUUUGAUGCAAAAUAUGCUGUUUUAACUAGUUUUUUAAAAAUAAUCUACUUGUUAUAUGAAAUAAUGCAUGUCAAAUAAAUCUAUGCCAAGGCACAUCUCUUUCAGUAAACUCGGCAGUGUUAAAUUUUUUUUUUUUUAUCAUAAGCAGAUUGUUAGUUAUCUUACUAACAGUUUGUGAUUUCAAUAAAACGAUCUGUGUUUAUACAUUUAACAUACACAUUAUACUUGUAUAAAAAAACAUUUCUGCAAUCUAAUAACAGCAUAAUUUACCUAGAAACUUUGUUUCAAUUUGUCUCACUUAGCUGUGAAGAUGUUAAUUAUAAAUAUUGUGUGUAAUAUGAUUCCAAGCUUGAAUGACUGUUGACAAGCUCAAUAUAGUCUGUUAUCUGGUGUACAUAUGUAUGUUUAGAUUAAAUGACACAAGUCAAGCUGUGGCCAACUUUUCUCUGUGUCCACUUCCCACCUCUCUAAUCAUAAAACUAUAACUGUUUGUGCUAGUCUUCAAAUGAACAGAUUGCAAUACUUUUUUUUAUAACUACAUCAUUACAGGAGUUUUUUCUUACACUAGUUCAUAUUCUUACACAGUAUUUUUUUUUGUGAAUAUUUCUUUUUACACCUGUAUCAACUUUUUAAAAAUUCCAUUUGUAUUGAUCAGUUCAAUAAAUUUCACUAUGAAAGAAAAUGUACAUACAUUAAAUGUCUUAAUGUGUCUUAAAAAGCAUUGAUUAUUAGUUAAAACUUAAGAUACACCGCAUGAAUGCAUGUGUUGUUGAUUUUACUCAGUUGACUUUUCUUAAAACCUGUCAACAAAAGUAGAAGUUGAUCCUCGAUAGCUUUAUAAACUAGAUAUGAAUUUUGGAAAUUCAAUAAAAUUCAUUUAUUUA